AUGCAACGAGAGGCCGCGGAAAGUCGAGAACAAGGUCCUCAAAUUCCCAACGACCCGAAAUCUUCCAACCUCGCCCACGAUGGCUUACUCGACCACCUCCAUCGCGUACCGUCACUGGGCUCUGGCAGCUCCCGAGCCGCCUCACCACCCUCCAUCCCCGAUGAUGACGACCUCGACGCGUCUCGGCCCGCCCGGAAGCCAGAUGAACUGAAUCUCGGCACACCGAGGACCGUCUUUGGCCAGAGGAUCAUCGACUACGAGAAUGCCCUGGCACCACCACCUAGGCCGAAGCACGCUCGGGCUUUCGACGCCGCGAGGCACUCCGACCCAACGAACGCCGUCCAGCUCACCCAUCUUCCAAAUGAGAUUCUGACACACGUCUUCUCCCAUCUUCACCCCGACUCGCAUUCGUCCGUUGCCUUGGUGUCGAAGCGUUUCUAUGCCCUCGUGGCGUCGCCGCACGCCUGGCGCAUGGCCUUCAUGCGCUACUUUCCGGGCCACACGUGCCUCGGCACCAAUGCCUUCAAGGUAGAAGCCAAUGCCUCGGCUGAGUCCCCAACGGACCAUUCCACCUCGUCUGAAUCCGAAUCUCGCUUCUUUGGGAGGCUCACCCCUCUCGCAUCGUGGAGAAGCGAGUACCUUUUCCGGACUCGCUUGAUGCGGAACCUAAUGCGAGGCAAGCCGGGAAUCAGUCACGAGGGCGUCGGCCCCGCGGGAAGCAGAGACCGAUCGUCGAAGAAGAAAAGUGCCGUUUUGACUUUCAACUCGAAGCUUCCAUCACCCAUCACGAACCUUGAUGCCCACUUACCUGGCGACAAGACGAUGGCGUCUCGGGCGAUUCACGGCGCCGGAGAGCUGGCUGUCGCGACCAUGAGCAAUCCGACAAGCGGAAAGAUGGAGAAAUGGGGUCUUCAAGAUCCCUUCUUCGCUGCUCUGCUGCAUGAGACUGCCCCCAACCUUGUCCCCUACGGUUUGGGGGACGGACCAGCGGCCUGCCCCAACCGUAUGGACGUCAGCCAGGCGUAUGGAAUGCUUGCGGGAGAGGGAUUUCCUGGCGGCCGGGCCUACUUUCGGGCGGGAGAGAAACUGUCUGGUCCGGGCCGGUACCUGGCCGUCGAGAGUACCGACUUGGCCGAGACGUACCCCGACAUCCCACACAUCCCCGACAUGCUGGAUUCCAUCAGCAGUGUUUGGAUAGCCAAGUCUUCGGCCGUACCGGCCACCACACUCUCCAUGUGCGGCAUGCUGACCGGCUCGGCAUUGGGCCUCGUCACGGCUUUCUCGCUUGGAUCGGAGGCCAACCGGCCGGUGUACGGCGACGGCGACAUGACGGCUCGAUGGGUUCUUAGCCCCGGCGUACCCAUCGUCUCGCUCAAGGUCGACGACAGCUACAGCACAAGGCGCAAGGCAUCCGCGAGGCUCUGGGCCGUUGCCCUGAACGCCUUGGGCGAGGUGUACUACCUUGUCGACGUGCCCAAGCCCGCCAGCAUGCAUAAUCGGCCCAACGUGGAUCGCACCCGUGCCGCCAACCAUGUCUGGCUGGCCGGUCGGUCGGCAUCCUGGCGGCUCAUCGAAGGUACUCGCCGCGUCGCCCGACACCACGAUUCGAACCACGCUGCCCCCGCCAGUACGCACUCGCCAGCCUGGCUGCUGAACUCGAUGGAGCGCAGCAACGAUCAGCUCGCAGCCGAGGUCCGUGAGACGGAGCGAUUCUUUCAUCACAGGCCCGCUCAUUUCCGCAAACUUUACCAUGGCUGGGACAUGCAGCGCAAGUUGGAGGUGGACUUUGCCGCCGACGACGGCCAAGGCGCCGGAGAGUGCAUCCUUGUCAUCGACUGCGGCCUCGCCGAGGGCCAACCUGCCCGCGUCCGCCGCUUCACCAGGGCGCUGCAGCCAACCCUGCUAUCCCAUGGAGAAGGAAACGAGAGAGAUCCAUCGGCCGGCUCAGCCUCCACAGCCCAUGCUUCCUCGCUCUUUGGCACUCAAAUGUCGGACCUUCCUCCGUCGCCAAAGCUCCCGUUCCGCGCUGCGGCACCCCUGCCGGAUGAUUGGUCAUGCUCGAGUUUGCAUCUCAACUGCCAUGCUCAUUGUACAAUCACCGCCUCCGACUUGGACCGUUCUACUUGCUCCCUCCUUACCUUGAGCGAGGAUCCGCUCCAGGUUCAAGGAGAAGCUGGUACAGCCUCUGCCUCGUCCGACGAAGCAAACGCUGUUGCAAGGGAGAUACCCGGGCGCCGAGCACGACUCUUCGCCAUCGGCACCAAGGCUGGUGCCGUACUCGCCUGGAAUGCCCGGGAAGUGGGCGGCCCCCGGGGUAUCCGCCCCGUCCGCGUUAUUCAGACGGAGUCCCCCGAGAUAUCAUGCGUUGCCGUGUCCGCCCUCUACCUGGUCCAUGGAGGGAGCGACGGGCUCGCUCAAGCCUGGGAUAUACUGGCGUCGACGUCGGAUGCCAUCAGAACAAUCAAUCCCAGAUCCAACAGACGCGUGCCUCGCCAUCCCAUAGCCAUGAACCCCGCUUCGUGGGACAGAAGCCACUCUGCAGUCGGAGCAAUCUAUCUUGAUCCCGACGCCACCAUCCUGCGUGGUGUCCUGUCCGUUGGGGCGUAUUUGCGAUAUUGGACGUAUAGCUCAUCCGGCGACGCAACCGGACGUAAGCGCCGCCAUCGACAUGCCGACAUGCACGGUCGUAUAGCAAGUCGUCGACUCGGCGAGACUGUUUCCGGAUACAUUGCGGCAGAAGCGGCCGAGCUGCGGCGAGAGAACGAACAUCGAGCCCGGGAGCAUUCUCGCCUGCGCAAGCAUUUCGGCUUAGGCGCUCUCGGCGAUUUGACGGAAGAGGAAGCGCUGCGGUAUGCCCAACUCGUUUCCGAGGAAUCCUACCUUCGAGCCGAGCAGCACCGCGCGAUUGACUCGGCAGCGGACGCAAGUCACGAAAUGGCGUCGUUCGUCGAGGCGUCCACGGACGCAGCCACACCGGAACCCAGUGCCACCACCGGUGCUUGCCUGCCGCCCGACACGGUGGCGGAUGACGAUGGCGAUGAUGAUGACGAAGCCGACUUUGAGCAGCAGAUUCAGGACGCCAUUCGACUGUCCCUGCUGGACGAGGAAGUGACCAACGCGGGCGCGUUCUCGGGUGGUGACAGCUCUGGCGGCUUUGAUUAUGCCAUCAGGGUCAAGCCCAAGAGCGGCAGGAAGUGUAAGCGUUCGAGCUCGCCCGAUCAUUCGCCUUACGCCGACCACUCGCCCAUUACGUUUGGCAAACCCGGAUCAUCGCAGCCCGUGGCUAACGAGGAUGAAAGCCUUGCCCUCGCCAUCCGUCUCAGCCUGCAGUAUCAGAACGUGCCACCUUCGCCGUCGCCUUCAGCGUCGAGCGUCCAGGACGACGGCGCCUUAUCCUCGAACGUCAAUGCGAUGGGCAUGAGGAAACGGGAAGCCGAAUAA